GUUAAAGUAAAGUGUUCAACUCCAAAAACCCAAAACAAGAAAGAGAAAGCAUCGCAUCACCACUUAUUUCAUCCAACUCACCAGGAUUGCGCUGGCUUCAUUGGAUUUACUUGAAAUUCACCAUUGUAUCACGACAUUAACCUUCAUCAUCCGUCCCUUCAUUGGGACAAACAAGUUACUCUUCGUAUAAUACCGUAUAAACACCCAACAUGGAUCUCAACAGUCUGAAGGACCAAGUGUCCAACUUGACCUUGUAUGAUCUCAAAGCUGGCGUUCGCAAGGUUCAGAAUGCCGUCAUGAACUACACCGAAAUGGAGGCAAAGGUGCGAGAAGCGACCAACAACGAGCCAUGGGGUGCUUCCUCGACAAUUAUGCAGGAGAUUGCCAAUGGCACCUUCAACUACCAAACACUUAACGAAAUUAUGCCCAUGAUCUAUCGACGAUUCACUGAGAAGUCCGCCGAGGAAUGGAGACAAAUUUACAAGGCGCUUCAACUACUCGAGUUUCUCAUCAAACACGGCUCUGAGCGCGUCAUUGAUGACGCGCGAGGCCACAUCACCCUCCUCAAGAUGCUACGGCAAUUCCACUUCAUCGAUCAAAACGGCAAAGACCAAGGUAUCAAUGUACGCAACCGUGCAAAGGAACUUGCCGAGCUUCUAGGCGACGUCGAACGCAUUCGGGCCGAGCGGAAAAAGGCGAGGGCCAACAAGGCCAAAUACACCGGUGUAGAGGGUGGUUCGAUGGGCGGCGGCUUCUCCGGUGGUAGUAGCCGCUAUGGUGGAUUCGGUAGCGAAUCUGGCGGCUUUGGAGGUCCGUCUGCGGGAUACGGUGGCUACUCCGGGGGCGUCUACGGAGAUGGUGGUGGCUUCGGAGGGCAGUCCGAUGAUUGGAGAGAUACUGGCAAUAGCAAUCGCGCCGAUAGAUUUGAGGAGUACGACGAGUAUGAUGAGGGGGCCGCGACGUCAAGUUCUGCUCGGGCGAAACGACCUGAGAGAGGCGAGAGAAUGGGCAUCAAGAAGACCACCCCCACUGAGCCCCCGAAGAAGAAAGAGCCCGAAGUUGACCUCUUCUCUUUUGACGAUCCCGUACCUGCACCAGUUGCCACAGCUUCUUCCCAUGCCCCGGCAAAUGGUUCGUCAGCUCUCGCUUCACUGUCUACGACGAAUAACGACGACGACGACUUUGAUGAUUUCCAGUCGGCAACGCCUCCACCCCCGAACAAUAUGGGUAUGUCCACACCCAUGGUGACAUCGAGCGCGCACUCCACCGCCCAAUUUGCUGCACCAAGGCCUGUAUCUGGACCACAGCAAGCCAAUCUCACUGACAUGAUGUCGGCCAUCUCACCAACCACAAGCUCUACCAGCACUCCUGCGGCAAACUAUUCAUCUUUCAGCAUACCUCCAGCUACUGGUAUGGCCACUCAGGCACCGAAGCCAGCCAUGAGCUUCCAAUCGGCGGCGCCCAACUAUUACCAGUCCGUACAGGUAGCCCAGCCGACGGGGUCAUCCAUCUCUGGGCUAUCUUCAUCUAGCGUAGCUACACCUUCGGGCUUCUCGGCGCUCAACAAGCCGGCAGCUCCGGCCGUAGCUAAGCCGUCUGCAGGCGGCGACCCGUUUGCAAAUCUAUGGGGACAAGCUGGUAGCGGCGUAAAGAAGCCUACCACUACCACGCCUACUGGGCCUAAGAUGGGCCAACUUGCCAAAGAGAAGACCAGUGCUUCCCUCUGGGGCGCGCCCGCGCCGAAAACCCAGCCAAGCGCUGGAAGCAGCGGUCUAGACGAUCUAUUAGGGUGAAAGUGAUUAAUAGCUAGGUACCUAGUUAUGGGCACUGCCAUUGUCAUCUCGUUGACGAGAUAGAUAACUUUUAUAUACCACGUCAGCAUCACCUUUUGAUUUUCAUUGUGCCUGUCACGCAGUGCUACAAGUGGACAGCACAAGUUGGAAGUGAAUGAAGUGGGCUGGAGUGGGUGGACUACAGAAUUGAUGGACUAGAUGUGAUUACAAACAAAAAGGGCGUCGAGGAGUCAAAAGAAUUACAAUUGCACGAGCUCAAGAUAGCAGAAAAUAUAAUGAGAUCUUGUCUUGAUGUUUCCGUUUCAUACCUACGUAAGCAAUAAACACGAACGUGAACGGC